UGCUCCAAGCUGGGCGCGCGCCCGCCGUGGGUUUCGUUACUGGCGGGCGGAGGGCUGCGCGCGCACGAGCAGGCCGGCCGUGACGUGUGCCGCGCUACGCCCUACGUCACGGGUCCGUGUGUAGUGGCGGCCGGGCUGCCCUCAGCGGCGGCGUCUGACGACGGUGGCGCGGCUGCUGGGCGCGGCGUUCGGGGGUCGCGCGGCCGGCGGCGGCGACGAGGACGACCCGGAGGCCCGGCACCCCACGCCGCGCAGUCGCAGCGCCAGCCCCUUCUCGGGCCUCCGGCGGCGCCCGGUCUGCAGCUUCCUCCUUUCCUGACCAGCUUCCCGCGGGCCUUAGGGUCGCGGCGGGGAGCACUCCGGAGGGGCGCCGGCCGGCCGCGAGGGACCACGCACCCGCCGUCCCACCCGGGCCGGGCUCCAUGUGAAGGAGGAACGGGCCUGGCCCCCCGGCCCGCGCCCGACUCCUCGCGCGCCCCUCCAGCCCCCGGGGGCCCGCGGCCUCCCCGGACCGGGGGUCGCGGUGACAGGCCGUGCGGGGGCGGAGGGGCGGGCUCGGAGGCGACGGCGACGGCGACGGCGGCCCCUUCUCGGGCCUGCAGCUCCCUGCCUCCUCGCGGAGCGGCCGAUGAUCAGCAAGCUUUGAACUCAAUUAUGCAAGAUUUGGCUGUUCUUCAUAAAGCCAGUCGACCAGCAUUAUCCUUACAGGAAACCAGAAAAACAAAAUCUUUAUCACCAAAAAAGCAGAAUGAUGUCAGAGUCAAAUUUGAACAUAGAGGAGAAAAAAGAAUCCUUCAGUUUCCUAGACCAGUUAAACUGGAAGACCUGAGGUCUAAAGCUAAAAUUGCCUUUGGACAGUCUAUGGAUCUACAUUAUACCAAUAAUGAGUUGGUAAUUCCAUUAACUACCCAAGAUGACUUGGACAAAGCUGUCGAACUGCUGGACCGUAGUAUUCAUAUGAAGAGCCUCAAGAUAUUACUUGUAAUAAAUGGAAGUACACAGGCUACUAAUUUAGAACCGUUGCCAUCACUCGAAGAUUUGGAUAACACAGUAUUUGGAGCAGAGAGGAAAAAACGGCUCUCUAUAAUAGGUCCCACUAGUAGAGAUAGAAGCUCCCCUCCCCCAGGAUACAUUCCAGAUGAAUUACACCAGGUGGCCCGGAAUGGGUCCUUCACCAGCAUCAACAGUGAGGGAGAGUUCAUUCCCGAGAGCAUGGACCAGAUGCUGGACCCAUUAUCUUUAAGCAGCCCUGAAAAUUCUGGCUCAGGAAGUUGUCCGUCACUUGAUAGUCCUUUGGAUGGAGAGAGCUAUCCAAAAUCACGAAUGCCUAGGGCACAGAGCUACCCAGAUAACCAUCAGGAAUUUUCAGUAGACUAUGAUAAUCCUAUCUUUGAGAAAUUUGGAAAAGGAGGAACAUAUCCAAGAAGAUAUCAUGUUUCAUACCACCAUCAAGACUAUAAUGAUGGUCGUAAAACUUUUCCAAGAGCUAGAAGGACUCAGGGAACCAGCUUCCGGUCUCCUGUGAGUUUCAGUCCUACUGAUCACUCCUUAAGCACUAGCAGUGGCAGUAGUGUGUUUACCCCAGAGUAUGACGACAGUCGGGUAAGAAGAAGGGGCAGCGAUAUAGACAACCCGACUUUGACCGUGAUGGACAUCAGCCCGCCCAGCCGCUCACCUCGUGCUCCAACCAACUGGAGAUUGGGCAAACUGCUUGGCCAGGGAGCCUUUGGCAGGGUCUACCUCUGUUACGAUGUUGAUACAGGAAGAGAACUGGCUGUUAAACAAGUUCAGUUUGACCCCGAUAGCCCUGAGACCAGCAAGGAAGUAAAUGCACUUGAGUGUGAAAUUCAGUUGUUGAAAAACUUGCUACAUGAGCGAAUUGUUCAGUAUUAUGGCUGUUUAAGGGAUCCCCAGGAAAAAACACUUUCAAUAUUUAUGGAAUAUAUGCCAGGGGGCUCAAUUAAGGACCAGUUAAAAGCAUAUGGAGCUCUUACUGAGAAUGUGACUAGGAAAUAUACUCGUCAGAUUCUGGAGGGUGUCCAUUAUCUGCAUAGUAAUAUGAUUGUUCAUAGAGAUAUCAAAGGUGCAAAUAUUCUGCGAAAUUCAACAGGCAAUGUCAAGCUAGGAGACUUUGGGGCUAGCAAACGGCUUCAAACCAUCUGUCUGUCGGGGACGGGAAUGAAGUCUGUCACAGGCACGCCGUACUGGAUGAGCCCCGAAGUGAUCAGCGGAGAAGGCUAUGGCCGAAAAGCCGAUGUCUGGAGCGUGGGCUGCACGGUGGUGGAGAUGCUGACCGAAAAGCCUCCGUGGGCGGAGUUCGAGGCCAUGGCCGCCAUCUUUAAAAUCGCCACGCAGCCCACGAACCCAAAGCUGCCGCCCCACGUCUCGGACCACACCCGGGAUUUCCUCAAGCGGAUCUUCACGGAGGCCAAGCUGCGGCCGGCGGCCGACGAGCUGCUGCGGCACGUGUUCGUGCACUACCACUAGCCGCGCCGCCUCCCCGCCCUGGCGCGGGCGCCUCUCCCACGGCGUUUGGCUUUUUUAUACAGAGAGAGACGGGGGAGAAAAAGACAAGAGGGAAAGUGUUUCUCUUGAUUCUUGGUUAAAUUUGUUUAAUAAUAGUAACCUAAAUUUUUUAUAUUUAAUCUUUUUUUCCUUACAAGAACUUGAACCUUUUUUUUUCUUUUUUUAAAAAGAAUUUUUAUAAUGUACUGAUGUGGUUCAGAGAUAAAGCACUUUAGUACAUAGUCACUCUUUUUAGUACAAACAAAUCAUCUGGAAUACCUAAAGAUUGUAGAGUCUCCCCAUGUCACUGACCGGUGGGUGGUGAGGGGGACAUGGAGAAAAACAGGAAGAAAAUGAUGUGUCAUUUGUAGUUUUUAGUGAUAGUAUUUAAAGUAGAUCCUCAUUUGUGGGAUUGAGCCCUAAACUUGAGUUUAGGGUAGGUACUCAACUUCAAGAAUAUAGGUUCCUUCUUAUAUCUGUAUUCUUUAGACCCUAACCUCUGUCCACCAAGCUUUUUGCUCAGUAGGAAUCUUUAUAGAAAAUAAUCUCUAAGAGGUAUGUUUAUCUGUUAAUCCUAACCAGUAUGAUUAGCAACUACACUAUAAUAGAUCCUUGUUACUGGAAUCCGUAAACCUUGAGGGAUAGCUUUCUGCUGAAAAAAAAAAAGGUUACCGUUUUAUUUGAAAGCAGAUACAGGAAGUCAAUGAGCAAAUCCACAUUAAAAGACAAAGGAGACUGUUCUAAUUAAGUGUGUGAGCAGCAGAAGAGACCACCCUUGCCAGUCAACAGAAACAAGGAAAGGAAGAACCGAGUGUUGUUUAUUGUAUUUUAAACUGUGUUCUUUACAUGAGAGGGAAAGCCCCAAGGUGAAGGAAAAGGAGAAAUAAUUAACAUCAUGUAUACUAAAUCUUCCUGUUUCUAGCUUGAUUCCUCACAGAUAACAUUCUUUAGGAACUGAAUGUUUAACCCGGAGUACCCCUGUGUCAAAGCUGUGUCAUGUUCUUGGGGUCACAGGUACUGAAGCAUCUGAAGAAUAGCUGUCAUUUAAACUGGUUCUCAAGGGUGGCAUGGUGGGGAUUUUGCUUGGCAUUUGUCAACGCCUGUGUAAUUUUUUGUUGUCACAACUGGGAGGAUGCUAGUACUACCAAGUGGGUAGUGGCCAGGGAUACUGCGGAACAAACUAGAGUACACACAGCACCCCUCUCCCAACAGAGAGCUCUCCUGCCUCAUGUGUCAAAGGUGCCAAAGCUAAGAACCCUGAUGUAAAGACCAGCCCCAGUUAUAAGCUGAAAACGGCCCUUUACAAAGCAGGUUCCUUUCAAAAAGUAAAUUACAGAGCGAAAGUGAUACAAUGCAUAGUGAGGGUUUUACAAGAGCAGAUAUCACUCCUUCAAGUCAAGGGUGAGUGACCCAACGAACAGUAAGUAGCAAUCCCUUCCUUGCCAGCUGCGUAUGGUGCCUAAAUCAGUAACUUCCAUUUUAGAAACAAAGUGAAUUUAAACAGAACCUGUUGAACUCAGCCAUCAGUAUAUAUUUGUUCCUCAAAAGUUAGUUCAUAUUUGUGGGAAAAGAAAAGCAUAUCAAAACAACGUAUUAACUACUUUUUAAGAAGGUUAAAAACUGCCAGGUUUGUCUGUAUAGUGUAUCUGCUGAGAGUCUGGACAUUUGGUGGAAGGUCCAGCUGGGAAAGGUCCACUGUCUCGAAUGGACUUGGGCUCCUGAGAAACAUGAACGAUGUCAGUAAUUCGGCCACUUGCCAUUUUCUUCAGCCUGUAAAGCAGGUGCCAAGUACUUUAUUUUUAAAGGUCUAGGAAGCAGUAGUCUUCCUGGAAGCCCUUAAUGUGAUGCCUUUGAUAGGAUUUAUAAGGGGCUCAGGUAUUUAAUUUUCUGCUGAAUGGUAUGCUGUUUUAGGGACUGUUUUAAAAUACUUUGUUUCUGAAGUGAGAUAGGCCUUGGUUUACUGUGUCAAGGUCCUAUCUGACAUUGAAAUUCCACUAGCUAGUUUGAGAGGAAGUCGAAGCACAAACAUAGUUCUCAAAGCUUCUCCCUACCCUGAAAAUUAAAGUAAGCGGCUUGCAAGGAAGCGUACGAAUCAGUAGCCCCCUCCCCCGGGAAAAUCAGCUGUCAAAUCUUGUACUAAAAUACAGUCCCCAAGGGUGUGGAUCUAUUACAAUAAUUUCUUCAUCUUUUAUGAGUGAGGACAUCUCUUCUACUUGAGCAAGACAAUGGUGUCUGUACCAGUGGACUUUCCCUUUGUGUGUGUAUGUGGUUGUUAUCCCCUUCUGGCUCAUUCUUGGUCUGUCAGGGUAGUCAGCAGUGCAGAGUAUGAGACGUGUUUGUUCUUCCGAGAGAAAUCUCGAGAGACUGUGAAACCCAAAGCAAAAUUGUUUGCCUUUUCAGUCUGUUUUUCUUUUCUUAAUGCUAUAGAAAAUAAAAUCAUCUGAAAAGAAACUACUACUUUAACACUGCUGCAGAAGACCUUUGUUUUAUAAGAAAAAUAUGGGGAAGUAUUGUUCUUUAUGUAAAGACUUAAAAAAAAUAGACUAAUAGUUUACAGAGUUACUAUAUAAAAUGUGAUGUGAAUUUAUUUCAAAUAAGAUGUAAAGGUACCAAAAGCCACAAUAAAAGUUAAUAUAUAAAAACUACUAGAACAAAAAAGCUUGAAGUGGGGUGAGGUAUGGCAGACCAAAAGUAAACUUAGGAAUGUUUUGAAAGGCAACACCUUUACUAGGGGCAGUUAGGUGUGUAACACUCCAAUUUUUUCUUUCUGAAUGGUAUGGAUCAACAAAUGAAAUUUGAACUGUUUUAAGGUGACUCUAAUGUGUUUUGUUUUUUAAAUGCACAACUUGAUUCUUCUAUACUGUAAUGUUUCUUUGCUGAGGCUGGAAAAUGGCCAGACUGCUGACUUUGUGCCUUUAAAAUGCGUUCUGCUUUGAUAGUGGCAGACUUCUGGUGCUGGAGAAGAUUCACUCUCAGUCUUACGUGCUUUUCAGGAAAUACCUUUCUACGUAGGCCUGAGAGAUCCACAAUGGCUUGGCUUGCGCUUGGACUUGGACCAAAUGUAAGAUCUAUUACAUUGCAAUGUGUACUGAAUAAAAGGGUUGAGAAAUAUUGAUGACUAAUGAAAAAUUUGAUGGUUGGCAAUUAUUUUAAAUGUAUUUAAAAGCAUACACACUGAAAUUUUCAGUAUGAGUAUCUUGAAAUUUUUUCAAUUUUCCUCAUUUAACAAAACAUGUUUCUGACUUGAAAAAUGGUGAAAGACUAUUGUGUUAGAUUUCAAAGGCACAACCUCAAUUUGUAUUUAAGAGACUGAAAUGUUAAUGCACAGGCUGAGCUGUAAAAGACAAAUUAAAAUGUGUAUCAGAGUAAAUCGACCUUUCAUCUUUAUCUUAUUCCCAGUAGAAACUAUAUUAAAAAGGUGGAAUUAUUUCUUUAGAGUAGCUUUCUGCUACUUCUUAACAUAUGUCAGGUCUGGUCUGGUCUGUAGUAUUUCUGAGAUUGAGUUGAUCUGAGAUAUAUGACAUCACUAAGAAAAUAAAACCUGACUAAGGAUGGCCUUAUUCUUAAGAGAUGAUCGAACUUGGAUGUAAAAGCCAUCAUGUUCACCAGAUUUCUCUGGCCUGUGGCAAUCCUGUGCCAAUGAUUUCAUUUGGGGCCUGAGGACCAAUAGCUUGAUAUAAAAUCACCUGGUGUCAAUUAAGUAUAGGAUUCUAUCACUUUUUUCCUUAAUAGGAUAAAUCUUUUUCAUUUGCUUAUUCAAUAAUCGGGACUUCUUGUGUCAGGUACUGAAUUAGCCUAUUCUGUAGGAGGUCGCGGUCUAGGAGGAAACAUGGGCAGGUGUGUGCUUACUUUACGGCACACCUUAACUCCAGAAGUUCAGCAAGCGUGUUUUAAAAUUUCUUAUUUUUUAUGAAGUGAGGGGAAAGCAAUUUUGAGUAAUCUACUGGCUUUUAUAAACUAAAAUGUCAUUAACAACAGGGAUUAAAGGUAUCCCCAAAUUGGAGGGACCCCUGUGGGUCAGUAGCCUCUCUCAGGACUCCCUCUUAAAAACCCAGCCUCUGCUUAAAUUGUUCCAGUGAUGGGAGGCAUUUAUUCCAUAACAGUUUUUUUUUCUCUUUCUUUUGAAGAAAAAAGUUCAUUCUUUUGGUCUAAAUUGUUAAAAUACGCAAAACAUUUGAUGGAAAUUGAAUUCUGUCAAUAUGUUGUUUAUACCAAGAUCAGGACAUUCUUGAGACUUUAUUGUUGGGACCCAUUAAGACCAAUUAAGUUUGCCUUUAUUACAAAUGUAAUGUUCAUAUCUACUUGAAUUUUGAGAUUGGUUAAACGUUAAUGAAAAGCAAUUUAGUUCGUUUUUGGUAGUGCCUUUUUCUCUGUAUGCCUUAAUUUUAUUUUAUAUCAAUAAUAAUUCAAGUUACCCACUGAAUUGAAGGUUUUUCCCAAAUCAGUAGGCUUCAAGAGUUCAUUUGGCCUCAGACUGUGUACUGGCCCGGCUUCUUAAUGCCUGCUUCCUCCUCCUACCCUUUUCUACUUUUUUUUUUAAUGUCGGAAGGAAAACAUCAGCAUUAUUCUGUGAUAGACAUAUUGCAAUCUCCACUAGACACAAAUUCCCAAGAUAAGGAUAGAAAAGUAUUCUGAUUCUAAAGAGACCUAGUAAACUGUUCUCCAGGUUGAUGACUCGAUUUCAGUCACCUUGGUGGUGGUGAGAUUCUCUGCAUGUCACUGUUCAGUUGUGACUUUGAUACAGAGCUGGAAGGGUGGUUUCUGCCCUUACAGAGGUGAUUUAAGUGAUUUACUGCUAAGGCAGUAAUGAGACAGAAGUCAGUGCAUAAGAGAUCUAGAGAGUGAAUUCUAAAACAUAACUACUUUAACUAGCAUUUUGACUAAAACUCUAGCUUUUUUGUGAAGUGCGUGUGUCCGUGUCUGUGCGUCUGUGUUUGGAGUUGGAUAGGCACGGAAAGGAAAGAAAAAGUGUGAAUGUUCGAUUGGUUAGUGUCUGUUCUCGGAGGAGCAACUCAGAUGUGUUUAUGGCCAGCUGGUGAGGGCUGGGUGUCACCGCCCUUGGGCAGGAACGCCGGCUCAUUCCCCCCAGGCAGCUAGCACAAAUGAUGGCUUAACAAAGGUAUUUAUUGUAAAUUGCCAAGCUCUUGGUUCCUAAAAGUAGAUUAAAAUGGAAUUUGUAUCUGUGUAUAUAAAGAGCUUAUAUAUAAUUCUUAAAUAGGAAGUAACUGAUUUUGCAUAUGAACUCUUUGCAAUAGAAAUUCUGCCGGGCAUUAUCAGAACAGGCUUCCUUAGCUUACCAAGUGUUCACAAGGAAAUGGUCUUACACCUCUUUUUGGUUGGCUGGGAAGGCGCUGCUCCUUCUUAAGUCGCCUUUAGCUGUGCUUUGGCAUGUACCACUGUCAGGACAGAUGCCACAUGAGGUGUGGGAAGCAGCAAGGCCAGCCGUCUGUGCUUGCCAUUCAGGCUAUAGGUGGCCAUAGGCUCUCGGGCCUAGAGGACCUUCCCAGUUUAGUUUCAGAAAGUUAAGGAAGGACUCAACAGCUAUAGUAAAGAAGGGAACAGAUGUUAUCUGUUGCCUGUAUACAGUCUCAUAUAUAAUUUGUAUUUUUCAUAGUUGUGCAUUUUAAUUGACAGUAAUAUUUUUGUUAAUAAUAGCAAAGGCAUUAAGUUAGUACUGUUAUUCCCUGUGCCGGAUGACCUGUUUGUAUUUACAAUCUGUAUUAUCAGAAUCACUUAAACCAAAGCUUGUAUAUUCCCUGCACACAUAGCCAAAUUGAUAGCACUAUUACUUCUGCCCACAGUAGCUGAAUAGUAUAGAAAUGAUAAAGCAGGCACUAGUAGAAUUUGUAUCUCAAUCUACCCUUCCAGUAAAAGACAGGUAGGUGUUCAGUGUGUGCAUUUAGACAUGCAGAAUUUACUUCAGCUGUUAUGGAACUACAUAGACACUAUGAACUUGAGCUUGUACACGUGCCAAUCUUAAAUGUCCUUGACCGUAGGUGCGUAUACAUACACAUUGACAUAUGAUGCCUCAGGUUGUGGCGUACUUUCUUUCUAAUGUCUUUACAUUUAUGAACUUGUGUUUGACUUGAGAGGCAUUUCAGGAAAGCUGUGAAGAAAAAUAGGUUAUGGACUGGUGUCUGCUUUGUGCCAUAAACAUUUUGAAACAUUAAAGAAGAGUCUGCUCUCCAGUAUGCAUGCGGAAUUUGUCCCCAAAUAACUUCUCAGCCCCUUAAUGCCAGUUGUAAACAGUAAAUUUUGUGACUAUAUUGAAAAGCACUUUUGUGUUCACUUCAUAUUUUUUAGAAUUGAUUUUUAAAAGUGUAAGUAACUAGUGGUGAUUUUGUCAUUAGCAUUACUUGGAAGGGGGAGAGAAACAACAAAAUCACUUCUUAAAACUGUUAGGUAUUUAGGCUCCAAAAUGGAUUUGAUAUAAUUUCCUUUUCCCAAAGACUUUUUUCCACCUGGAAUAAGGAGAAAGGACUAGUGGAAACAUUUGAGCUGGAAAGAAAGUGGGCCCAACCCUUGCAACACACCCUAUUUGGUGAAAAGUGCGUCUAAGAAAAAGAAUACUCUAAGAACAAUUGUUUUUAAUACAAUCUUAAUUAGUAAGUAAAAGGUUUACAUUUUUUCUAUUGCUAUUGGUUUUAAAAUUUGCUACCCUGCUUUCUGAAAUAUUAUAAAAGAAUUAAUACCAAAAAUACUUUUAAUGUCCGACAUCUCUUACAUUUCACAUGGUUCUUUUUUUAUUCAGAUAUCAUUGUAAAUAAGAGUAAACUUGGAUAAAUUUGAGAAUAAACUUUGAAUCGUUGCAAACUAUAAUUAUCAAUUUGUAAAGUUACCCUUUGACCUAAUGUACAUUUUUAAAUGUAACCAUUAAAUUCUUUAUAUUUAAUCUAUUAGUUUCUCUCUGUAAAUGUUUUUAAUCUUAGUUGAUUGCUGGACAGUUUAUAAUUAUGUAUUUCCUAUCAAGGUUGACUUUUUUGCACAUUUUUGGAAAUGUUUAAUUUGUACACUGACUUACUACUCUGACCAAUAAUUGUUAAUGGUUGAUGAACAUCUUGAAUGCGUGCGUUGAACUACUGUCUGUCUAUGUUUUAACUUCUUCCAAGAUGUAGCCAUCAGUACCUGCACUGCUAUUACAGAUUUAAAUGGCUCUUCUUGCUUUCACAAAGUAUACUUACCUAUGGUUCUCUCUUUCUUGAAGAACUCAGGAGUUCAACAUCACUUUCUGAUUGUAUAUGUAUUCUAAAACUCAUGCCUAAGUUGCAAGUGUGCUUGUAAUACUGCAUAUUGGAAUGUGUGUGUGUGGAGAUGUCUUUCUCUGUUUGUAGGCACAUGUAUAUAUAUCCCAGUAACUUCUUAUUUUCAUUUUAUUUCUACAUUUUUAUGAACUUGUUUUAUAAGGGUACUGUUUAGUUAGAAUAAUUAAAUAUAUGUUAAAGCUUUCUGAGAGAUUAUUUACUAUAUGAAUAUAUUUUCAGCUGGCUGAUCAAAAAUAUUUUUUUAAUUUUGUUUUUAACCAUUCAAAAUGUAUUUGUAUUCCCAGAAUUGGAUGCAGAUUUACUUAGAUAUCAAUUAAAAUGCUCUUACAAGGAAGAGUAUUGAAUUCUCUUUUGAAGGUUCUAUGAAAUGCAUAUUAAGAGGAAAAGAUAAGUUUAAACAGUAGCAAAACAUACUGUCCACUAAAAUGGCUUUGACUUCUCAGAGCUAUAGAAAAAUGUAAGCAAGUAAAUUGUCUUGUAGAGAUGUCAAGAUUUUUCCAGUUGGAGAUAUAAUCCAGUUGGCUUGUCCUGUUGUUUUUGAAUACUUCCUUUAUUCUACCCCCAAGAUUUCAACUUUUAGUUUUUAUCUUACUGGGCAAAGUCAGACCACAUUUACAAAAACAGUUCAUUGACAUAUUGUGAUCCUCUGUAAUUGACUAUAAAUUGGUUUAGAAAUAUCCAAACAUACAAUAUUGUGUCUUUAUACUGUACUGUGUAUUUUAAGUAACUGGCAGAACAAGAAUUGGAAAUUGACUUUCCAAUCUGACAGUGUUACUGUACUUAGGGGAAACCUUGUUUUUAAUAUGCGGUACCUUGUAAAAUUACUUGUGUUAGGAGUGAAGUCCACUGUUGAAGUUGAAUGUCACUAGCUUAUGUUAUAAGGAGCCGGUGUGAUUAGAAAAACUUACCAGAAGCCAGAUACAGUGUGGUACUUGCCACAUUUCAUGCACAUUUUGACUUUGUGUUGUUCAUUCAAAAUUGUGCUUGUAAAAAUGUAUAAAAUCUCUGAGUUUUAUAAUUUUUAUGUACUUGUUUUUUCUUGCUGGUAAAUAGCUUUUUUUAAAAAAAAUCUAAUGUGAAAAAACCAUGUUUAUAUUUUGUUAGUGAUCAAUGACUUUGUUUAUAUGGAAAUUUGUAUAUUGUUGGCACACAUCUUUGUUUAGAUUUAUUGUGCAUGAAGGCCUGCAAUAAUUAGCACAAUGAAAAUUGCUUUUCUUAAAUGUUAGUUCAGUUUUUGAAAGAUUGUGGGGCAAAGGCUUACUUUAAGUAACCUUCUGGACUCUGGAAUGAAUAUAAAUGAAUGGCACUUCUGAGUGUUAAUAAAGCUGAUAUUUAUUUCCACUGUGA